UGUACGCAUGCUCAGUCGCACUCUCAGCCAUUCGUAGGGCGGAGCUACCCGGUGAGGUGGACGUUGAGUUUGGGUAAUGGUCGGUUGACCUGUUCUCUACCUUGAACACGUCUUCUCCUGAACUAGAGGGAAGUCGACUUAUGUGAGGAGCUGUACAUAGACCGAAGAUAAUGUCUGGAAGCUUCUACUUCGUAAUUGUUGGCCACCAUGAUAAUCCAGUUUUUGAAAUGGAAUUUUUGCCAGCCGGGAAAGCAGAAUCCAAAGAUGAGCAUCGUCAUCUGAACCAGUUCAUAGCUCAUGCCGCUCUGGACCUCGUUGAUGAGAACAUGUGGCUCUCCAACAACAUGUACUUAAAAACUGUGGACAAAUUCAAUGAGUGGUUCGUCUCGGCGUUUGUCACCGCUGGGCACAUGCGGUUCAUCAUGCUUCACGACGUAAGGCAAGAAGAUGGAAUCAAGAACUUCUUCACUGACGUCUACGACUUAUAUAUCAAGUUUGCCAUGAAUCCCUUUUACGAACCCAAUUCUCCUAUUCGAUCAAGUGCGUUCGAAAGAAAAGUUCAGUUUCUUGGGAAGAAACAUCUUAUAAGCUAAAUGCAGAAAAUUUCAGAAUCACAGUUCGGUUCGCUCAGAAGUGUGUAUAUUGCAAACUACGUGUCUCAGCUUACCUGUAUAUCGUGAAAUUGCUCUAUUUAAAAAUCUCAUCUUUUCAUGCUAUCACUAUUAGUAUUUACCUGUGAACAAUUAUCACAAAUUUAAUAUUUUAUUUCAAAAAUUAAUAAGCCUAUAACUUUACUUAUUGAGCUAAUUAAAACAAUCUUAGAUUCCUUUUA